AUGAUUAAAAAUCUCGGCAAGUUCAAGCAGUGGACAGGAGAAAAGUUUGGCGGGGCCAAAGUAACGCUGCAGACUGAUGAUUUUCAACGACUGGAGCAGGAAACAGAGCACAGAAGAGAGGGCUAUGACAAGGUGCUGGAGGCAGUAGAUGGCAUUGCGUCCUACUUGCUCAAAAGAAAGACCUCGCCCGAGGACGGUAAAACUAAGCAAAUGCCAUUUGAAACACUCGGUUCAUGUCUAUACCAUUAUGGCACUGUGUUUCCUGAAGAUUCUGCAUUAGGUAUCGCCUUGAUCAAUCUGGGACAGACAGAGACUCGUCUUGCUGCUCUGCAGGAAGCAUUGGCCAACGAAAUUAGGAUGGGCUACAUGACAACACUAGAAAACGGCCAGCAAGAAUACAAAGAAUACGACUCACUGCGAAAGAAACUGGCGUCUCGUAGAUUAGACUAUGAUUCCAAGCUGAAUCGACUCAACAAAGCCAAGAAAGAGAAGCCAGAACUAGAGCAAGAGAUGCAAGCAUCGAGAAUCAAGUACGAGGACACAGAGCAUGACCUCAUUCAAAAGAUGGCGUAUAUUCAGGAAUUUGAGAAUGAACACAGGGACGCAUUAUUAGACAUGGUAGAAGCACAGGCAGCGUACCAUACACAGGCCAAAGAGUUGCUAGAAUCACUCAAAAAGAACUGGGGCGAGGGAUCCAACUCUGACCCCUCUGAUAUUUUAGGAAGGGUCAUGGUAAGGAAGUCAUCACAGGACUCUUACCAUUCUGUGUCGACCGACAACAUCUCAGCUCACCAUCGCAACCAGCCGCCAUCCCUGAAAAUGAGCAGAGACAGUAGCGUAGACACAUUUGCAUCGUCUGGUAUGAGCUACCAUAACAACAGCAGUGAUACAGUGGAUCGCCCAUUACCUAAUAACCAGGUACUACCACCACUAUCCGCAUCAGACCCAGUUCAUAAAGAGUUGAACCACAUAGACCACACAAAAUAUAGACGCGCAUUGUUUGAUUUUACAGGGCAAAACCAAGACGAAAUCUCCUUUAAGACCGGCGAUAUCAUUGCAGUGAUUGAUGAAAUAGAUGUAGGCUGGUGGUUGGGAGAGUGCCAUCAAAAGAAAGGCAUCUUUCCGGUAAACUAUACGGAAGAGUACGAUCCUCAAACACAGCCGUUACCUCCUUUACCUAAAAAACACGAGAUGCCACCUGCUGUCCUGGAGAAUGAAAGAUCGCCAUUAGAGCAAUUGCAACAACCUCAAGAGCAACAGAAAUCCUUGCCUGAAUUGAAUGCCCCUACCCAUCCUUUGACGAACCCUCGUGUGGUAGAUGUCACCUACAAUCCUCCUGUAUUGGACCACAGCGAUGCUAUUGCUACGACUCCCACUCAUGCUUCUGUGGUAUCGUCAACGUCGAUACGACGACCGCCUCCUCCACCAGUAACGACUUCAUCGCCUGCAGUGACAACACUACGCUCGGGGAGUCUCUCGCGAAAGCGAUCAACAGCCAUCAGAGCACCCCCACCACCUCCUCCAUCUGUACGCACUGCGAAUCAUACGAUAGAAUCGAGUACAUCAUCCACAACAGCAUCGCCUGUCAUUAUAGAUUCGCCACAUAGACUUGUUGAGGAGCCACCUACUAUUGGAUCCACAACAUCCUUACCAGCAGCAGCAGUAGCACUCACACCUUCACCAUCACAAUCAUUGCACGAAAUUCAACACGACGCAACUCCUGUUGCCUUGGACGAACCAUGCAACGAAUGCGAAUGUCACGAGUUUAUAGAGAAUGUCUUCAAGAAGGGAUAUUGCAAUAACUGCUUCCACAAACAUCAUGACUAG